CACAGGGAACCCCAAGCCCUAACCUGCAGCUCAAACUUCUUCUGCAUUUUUCAAUUCUUCAAAACCCUAACAAAAUUCCGCCAAUUCAGUCACCAUCUCUCUCUUAAAAUCCCCAAUCUAUCUCACGAAGAGUCGAAGACUAUGGCUACGGACGGCGCGGCGGACCGACGGAGGCCACCGCCGCAAACGCUGAGCGCAGGCAACAACGGAAACUGCGUGAUGAGCUUGUCGAACAGACUGAGACUGAUGCCGAACAAGGAUCACAAGGCGGAGAGCUACGAGGACCUGGAGCAGUUGGAGUUCAGUCCCUUGCUCUUCAGCUCGCUGGAGCGCUACUUGCCACCCACCAUGCUCAAUGCCUCACGUGACCUCAAGCUCCAGUACAUGAGGGACAUUCUCCUCCGGUACUCACCCGAGAGCGAACGCACUCGUGUUCAACGACAUCGAGAAUACAGGCAGAAGAUCAUCACACACUAUCAGCCUCUACAAAGGGAGUUGUACACUCUGCAAGCUGAAAAGUUCUUUGUCCCCUCAUUUCUCAGAGCAAUCAGUGAGAACACAGAGGAUAGCUUUAGAAGUAUACUGUCUGAACCCUCUCCUGGAGUUUAUACAUUUGAAAUGCUUCAGCCGGAUUUCUGUGACUUGUUAGUAACUGAGGUGGAAAAUUUUCAAGGGUGGGUCCAUGAGACAAAUUUCAGAGUCAUGCGACCAAAUACAAUGAAUAAAUACGGUUGUGUUCUUGAUGACUUUGGCCUGGAAACCAUGCUUGACAAGUUGAUGGAGGACUUUAUACGUCCUAUGUCCAAAGUUUUCUUCCCGGAAGUUGGUGGAUCCACACUGGAUACUCAUCACGGUUUUGUUGUUGAAUAUGGAAUCGAUAGGGAUGUAGAGCUUGGUUUUCAUGUGGAUGAUUCAGAAGUCACCUUGAAUGUUUGCUUGGGAAAGCAAUUUUCAGGUGGAGAUUUGUUCUUUCGAGGUGUUCGAUGUGAUAAACAUGUUAAUUCAGAGACACAAUCUGAGGAAAUCUUUGAUUAUCCUCAUGUCCCGGGACAUGCCAUUCUUCAUCAUGGUCGCCAUCGACAUGGUGCUAGAGCCACGACAUCAGGGCGUCGAGUCAACUUAUUAUUAUGGUGCAGAAGUUCGGUCUUUAGGGAGCUGAAGAAAUAUCAGAAAGACUUUUCCAACUGGUGUGGCGAGUGCAAACGUGAGAAGAAAGAAAGGCAGCGCCAAUCAAUUGCCGCAACCAAACUGGAAAUACUUAAGAUAAAUGGACAAACUGCUUGAGCUGCUUAUUUCUUUUACGUUUUUACUUCCAAUUCUUCUUGAUCUGUUCAUUUUGCAACUUUUGCUCGUUAAGUUGUAAAAUCUCAUCCUUAUCAGCACAUAGACGUUUUUCGUGUCUAUUUUCAAAUUUGUAUUCCAUCCAUUAAUACAGACUACAGUCGGGCUAUUUGUUAGUAAUAUGAAAGGCCGGUGGCGGUGUGGUUUCACUGUGU